AUGAGCCACAUUGACGACAUCAUCUCUGGCGGGUCUGGCUUGGGGGUUUCGGGAGGCGGAGGAGGGAUCCCAUCGACUUUCGACCCGGAGAACGCGCAGAACGAUGAGCAGAUCGAGAUGCAGUUCGCCGUCGCAUGUAUGGAGCAAGCCGAGGCGUACUUCAACCUCAUCACGAAGGUCAAGCCAUCUGAGCUGAAGCGCUUGACGAAGUAUGACGACGAGAUCAUGAAAGCAUUCGAGCAGCACUUCCCAGACUACCAGUCGGAUGAGCGCCUCCGCCUGCUGAAGGAAGACGAGCUCAAGAGCGCCGAGGGCAAGAAGCGCUGGCGCGAGUUCAUGACGGACAAGGUCUUUCCCGAGUCGAUGCGCGAGGCGAUCGAUUACAACUUCGGUACCUUGAUCCGCGCGAACUGCGAGGACGACUACACCCAGGAGAACUCGAUUUUCGGCUAUCGUCUCCAAUUCUACGCCAUCGAGAUCGCCCGCAACCGGAGAGGCCUGAACGACAAGGUGUGGGAACAGGCGCAGAAGAAGUAG